AUGCAGCUGGGUGAGCCGCUACUGACGGCGGCGGGGGCGCUGCCGGGUGCCCCCUUCUACCCGCUGGAGGGCGGCGGGCGCGCCGGAACCGCCGGAGCCGGGACGGGCGCUGCUGGGGGCUCCCGCGGGCCGCCCGGUCCGGGAUCGCCGCCGCGCCUCGACCUGGACAAGAUGCCCAAGAAGUUUGGGGCGGCCCCCGCCAUCCUGGGUGAGACAGAGGCCGUCGAGCCGCCCUUCGUCGCCCCUAAACCAGACGGACGCAAGGCCACGCCAUGCGGGGAAGAGGAGCUGCCUCCUGCAGCCACGGGCCGGUACUCCAUAGACAGCCUGAGCCCCGAGCGCUACUACCUGCAGUCCCCUGGACCGCCCGCCGCCGACCUGGGCGGGCCGUGCGCCCUGUUCCCGUACCCGCCGCCGGCCCAGCACGGUUCCGUGUAUCAGCCGCCCGGCGGGCCGCGCUAUCCCUACGGCUCCGUGCUGUCCCCGGGAGGCUUCGCGGGCACUGUCUGCCCGCCCGGAGGCCGGGCGCAGUUCGGAGGUAGCGGCGGAUACCAGUACGGGCAGGCGACGGGCGGCGGAGCCCUCUACAGCCCGUACCCGCCGGCGUCGGGCUCCUGCGGCGGGCUCGGGGCGCUGGGGGUGCCGGCCGCCGGCACGGGAAUGCGAGCGCAGGUCUUCCUCUGCAACCGACCUCUAUGGCUCAAGUUCCACCGGCAUCAGACAGAGAUGAUCAUCACCAAGCAGGGCCGGAGAAUGUUUCCUUUCCUGAGCUUCAAUAUCACCGGCCUCAACCCCACGGCCCACUACAACGUCUUCGUGGAGGUGGUGUUGGCGGACCCCAACCAUUGGCGUUUCCAGGGGGGCAAGUGGGUGACCUGCGGCAAAGCCGACAACAACAUGCAAGGCAACAAGGUCUACGUUCACCCUGAGUCGCCCAACACCGGGGCUCACUGGAUGAGGCAGGAGAUUUCAUUCGGGAAGCUGAAGCUCACGAACAAUAAAGGUGCUAACAACAACAACGCGCAGAUGAUAGUACUUCAGUCCCUACACAAGUACCAGCCCCGACUUCACAUUGUGGAAGUAACUGAAGAUGGUGUUGAAGAUCUGAACGAUUCCUCAAAGACUCAAACAUUUAUUUUCCCUGAAACGCAGUUCAUAGCAGUUACAGCCUAUCAAAACACUGAUAUUACACAGCUCAAAAUUGACCAUAAUCCUUUUGCAAAAGGCUUCAGAGACAACUAUGACUCCAUGUACACAGCUUCCGAAAAUGACAGAUUAACUCCAUCUCCCACGGAUUCUCCUAGAUCCCACCAGAUCGUGCCUGGCACCCGCUACAGCGUGCAGCCAUUCUUCCAAGAUCAGUUUGUCAACAACCUGCCCCCAGCCAGGUUUUACAACGGUGAGAGAACUGUCCCUCAGACAAAUGGCCUGCUGUCCCCGCAGCAGAGUGAGGAGGUGGCCAGCCCUCCUCAGCGCUGGUUUGUGACACCCGUGCAGCAGCCCAGUGCCAACAAACUGGACAUGAACUCCUAUGAGACGGAGUAUUCUCACAGCACCUUGCUCCCUUAUGGCAUUAAAUCCCUCCCCCUUCAGACAUCCCACGCUCUGGGCUACUACCCCGACCCAACAUUUCCAUCCAUGGCGGGCUGGGGGAGCAGGGGCUCUUACCAGCGAAAAAUGACAACAGGACUAACUUGGACCUCGAGAACAAGUCCCCCGGGAUUUCCCGAAGACCAGCUUUCCAAGGACAAGGUGAAAGAAGAAAUGGGCUCGUCCUGGAUAGAGACUCCACCCUCCAUCAAGUCUCUAGAUUCAAAUGAUUCUGGGGUCUACACAGGUGCUUGUAAGAGAAGACAGCUUUCCCCUAGCACUUCAAGCAACGAGAAUUCCCCAACAAUGAAAUGUGAGGACGUUAAUGCUGAGGACUAUAGCAAAGACACUUCAAAAGGCAUGGGCUACUACGCAUUCUAUGCUAGUUCUUAAAGUAUCUUUUUUAUUCCAAUUGGCUGAUUUUUUUUUUUUUUCAGGGUGGCCUUGGGUUUUGUUUUGUUUUGUUUUGCAUUGCAGUUACCAAAAAAGACCCUUGCCUUCCACCUUGAGUUAUGUGCAAUUCUAAAGAAGGUGCCAAAGCUUUUUGACUGUUGCAGGUAAUGAAGUAGGGAAAUAGCAAACCCUGGGAGAAUUCUUCCCCUUGUUUACAAGGGGGGGGGGGAACUGUAAGAAAGACUCUAGUGUCUAAACAUCUGCUAUAUUUUUUGGAGACACUGAAGUGUACAGUUUGGCUUGGCUCAGAGGCCUGAUCAAAUCUAUGCACUCCUGAGUGAGGUAAGAUGGGGUGGGAUCCCAACUUUAAAUUUCUACACUGCUUGAUAAAAGGGAACUGGGUUGCAGGAAACUGCACAAAUGCUGUGUUCUCUUUUAGACUGAGCUGGUUUAUUUAACCCAUCCACAAUAGUUGGCUGAGUUGAACAUUGCUCAGCUA